AUGCUGUCUGAAUUUGACGGGACAAUGUGGUUUGAUUCAUCUGUCAAGUUCACAGGAAAUCAAACAAAUGUUUUAAUCGAGCUUAUGUCCCGCCACAAUACGGGUGCAGUGUUUUAUGUCAGCACAACCGGUCACUCCAUAAUAACCGCUACGCAUCCAACAAUGCUGGAGUACCUUCCGAUGGAAAAGGUAGGAGCAGUUAAGGACAUGCUACAAGGUGGUGCAGUGGUUUAUGUAAACAAGGAUGAAGUUCAAAGACGUGUCAUGAAAUGGCUUGUUAUUUGCGUGCUUAAAGAAGACUGCAUUUCUCCACCAGGUUCAACUUUAUAUUGUGGGUUUAACUUUCCUCGAGACAGGUUUGGCGGUUGCCACAGAUAUGACCAGUCUCUGCAAAAUAUACUUAUUUCAAACGCUUAUAACUACGAACAGGAGAAAUAUUACUACUGGAGUGGUUCUUUUGCCAUUGUAGAGCGAUAG